AUGACCUGUGAUUGGCUGGAAGCCAUGUCUCUGACAUCCUUUGAUCAACCUGCUGGAAACAGCUACAGCUUCGACGACUGGAUUAACUCCGAUUGCCUGGACUACCCCACCAGCACUGUCGAACUGCCAGGCGGUCCGUCGUCAACAUCGUCCGUCACCACGCCACCCCUGCUGGCCCGCAAUCAUGCCAUCGUCACGCCAGAGUACAGCGAUAACGCACGCCGCCCGCUGUCAAAAGAGCCGCAUCAGUCCUCUCAAGUCCAGCCGUGGCAGACCAACCUCGCCGCCAAUCCCUUCGGAUCUACUCCUACCCUACCUGCCAUCCAAGACGACUUCCACUUCAACGACCAACAAUCCUCGCUGAACACCAGCGACUACCAACCCAACGCCUUUGACUUUGAUAUGGCCGUGUCGCCCACGCCAUCUCUGUCAGGACCUGAAUCUCCCUUCUCUCACCACGAAAUGGACACCACCUCUGGCACUCAAACCGCCGCCUCAUCCCCGCGCCGAUCUUCGUUGAAGCGCUCUGCCCCCUCCUCACCCGUCAUGGACUCGAUCCCCCCUGCUUCCAAGCGCAUGCUCCGGAACCGGCCGCAGGGUUCUCUCCCGGGCCAGAAGCAGAUCGACUCUGCCUCGCCUCCGUCCUCGUCCCGUCCCACCAAGACCCGCCAGCCCCACAACCAGGUCGAGAAGAAGUAUCGCGAGGGCCUCAACAACGAGCUCGAGCGUCUCCGCCGCGCCGUCCGCACCCUCCCUCAGCCCCGUCCUCGCUCCUGCUCCACCUCGGAGGAGGAUGAUGACAGCUAUGGCGGCUACAGCGCUGCCGUCCCCAAGCCCAGCAAGGCUGCCGUGCUCGCCGGUGCCGUCGAGUACAUCAAGUACCUCGAGGCCGAGCACGAGAGACUGGCCAACGAGAACGAGCAGCUGAGGGAGCUCGAGGGCCUACGAAGGCGACGAGAGGAAGGCUGGGCCUGGACCAGGCGGGGCCACAUGGGCUUCGUGAACUGA